CUUUCCUCGCCUCGGCUUCCGCCGCCAUUUUGCGGGCUUGACGCGUGUGAGGCGGCCUCCCGCUCCUCCGCUGCCAUGGGCCGCCUAGACAGGCUGCUGGUGGAGAACUUCAAGUCUGGCCGCCACCAAGUCCCUCGGCCCUUCACAACUUCCACCAUCGUGGGUCCCAACGGCUCCGGCAAGUCAAACGUGAUGGACGCGCUGAGUUUCGUCAUGGGAGAAAAGCCCAACAACCUGCGCGUGAAGACCGUCCAGGAGCUCAUCCACGGCGCCCAUGUGGGCAGGCCCGUGGCGGCCAGCGCCAGCGUGAAGGCUGUGUAUGUGGAGGAGGACGGCGGGGAGAAAACCUUUACCCGCAUUAUCCGGGGUGCGUGGGGUCCCCCCCCUCCAUCCCUCCUCCUGUCCUAUAGUACCUUUCCUGGUGAUUUGGGAACUAGCUCUUUCCCCUUAAAGCCUAAGCCCAUGAGGGCUGGUUCCCAGGAAGGGCUUAAUCAGUGCAAUGUGAAUAAUGCCGACCGCUACCAGGUCCUCCUCGAGGAACUGAAAGAGAAGAAGAUACAGCUGCAGCUUUUUCAGCUUUACCACAAUGAGAAAAAAAUUCAUUUUCUGACCGGUGAACUAGAUGAAAUGAACAGGCAAUUGGCUCUCACAAAAGACUCCGUCUCUGCUGAUGAAAACAUUGUGAAAAACAAGAAGAAGGACCUUGGAAAGUUAACCAGAGAACUUCAGCAAAUGGAAAAGGAGAUGAAGGCUCUGGAGGCAGUGUUGAAUCAGAAGAGGCCCCAGUACAUCAAGGCCAAGGAGAAUACUUCACAUCAUCUCAAGAAGCUGGAGAUGGCCAAGAAGUCCAUCAAGGUCAGUGAGAAGCAGUGCACCAAGCAAGAAGAUGAUAUCCAAGCCCUGGAAAAAGAGCUGCAAGAAUUAGACGGGAGCUGGAAGAAUUUUGAGAAGCAGAUUGAAGAAGAGAAGCUGCGUCGUGGUAGGGACAUCGAGCUGGAAGCCAGUCAGCUGGAUCAGUACAAGGAACUUAAGGAACAAGUGAUCAAGAAGGUGGCGACUAUGACGCAGCAGCUGGAAAAGCUGCAGUGGGAGCAGAGGGCAGAUGAGGAGAGACAGGCCUUUGGGGACAGGCGGCGAACAGAAGUUCAGGGAAAUUUAAAGCAAAUAAAGGAACAAAUAGAAGACCAUAAUAAACGCAUAGAGAAAUUGGAGGAAUAUACAAAUGCAUGCAUCGAUUGUUUGAAAGAGAAAACCCAACAAGAAGAAGCCCUCGUUAAGGAAAUUGAGGAGUCCAAAGUCAGAAUGGUCAAAGUGAAUGAAGAAUUGAGUUUCAUCAGAAUGGAGUUACAGGAUGCACGCAUUGAUCAUCAUGAAGGAAAGCGCCAGCAAAAGAAAGUAGAGAUUCUGGAGUGCUUGAAAAGGCUUUAUCCCGAGUCUGUGUUUGGCAGACUCCUUGAUUUAUGUCAUCCCAUUCAUAAGAAGUACCAACUUGCUGUGACCAAACUCUUUGGCAGAUACUUAACAGCUAUUGUGGUAGUUUCUGAAAAAAUAGCAAGAGAUUGCAUUCGAUUCCUGAAAGAAGAAAGAGCUGAAGCUGAGACGUUCCUUGCUCUGGAUAACCUUGAUAUCAAGCCUCUCAAUGAAAGGCUCAGGGAGAUAAAAGGCUCCAAGAUGGUGAUAGAUGUUGUGCAGACCCAGCUUCCGCAGCUCAAGAAGGUCAUCCAGUUUGUGUGUGGCAACGGGCUUGUGUGUGAGACUGUGGAAGAAGCUCGGCAUGUGGCCUUUGGUGGGUCCGAGCGGCUGAAGACAGUAGCUCUGGAUGGAACAUUGUUUUUGAAAUCGGGAGUCAUUUCUGGAGGAUCGAGUGACUUAAAAAUCAAAGCCAAAUGCUGGGAUGACAAGGAACUAACCAAAAUGAAGGAAAGAAGAGACCAGCUCACCAGUGAGCUAAAGGACAUGAUGAAAAUACGCCAUAAAGAAACGGAUUUGAGGCAAAUACAGUCAUUGUUACAAGGAACUCAUACCCGACUCAAAUAUUCUCAGAACGAACUAGAGAUGAUUAAAAAGAAGCAGCUGGCCGCUUUUCACAAGGAACAGUCCCAGCUGCAGAGCGAAUUACUGAAUAUUGAAUCGCAGUACACCAUGCUGAGUGAUGGCAUCAAGGAAAGAGCACAAAAAAUCACUGACUUCCAAGAAAGGAUAGAUAAGGUGGAAGAUGAAAUUUUCCAUGAUUUCUGUGAAGAAAUUGGUGUUGAAAACAUACGUGAAUAUGAAAACCAGCAUGUGAAACAGCAGCAGGAAAUUGACAAGAAGAGGCUUGAGUUUGAGAAACUGAAAACUCGACUGAACGUUCAGCUUGAAUAUAGCCACAACCAACUGAAGAAGAAGAUGAGUAAGGUUUCUGCCCUGAAAGAGGCCGUCCUCAAAGACACAAGCGACAUCGAGAGUCUGAAGGAGGUGGAAGAAAGCUGCCUGCAAGUUGUGGAUGAUCUCAUGGCUCAGCGGCAGCAGCUGAAGGACAGGUGUGCCGCGAAGAAUACGGACAUUGAACAGGUGCAGGGCCAGGUGGAGGAAGCGCGCAAGAAGCUUUUGGCCAUCAAUAGGGAGGUGGGGAAGAUGCAGAAGGAGACGGUCGCCGUCCAGACGGCUCUGGAGCAGCAGCGGCUCGAGAGGCACAACAUCCUGCUCGCCUGCAAGGUGCAGGACAUUGAGGUCGUCCUCCUGUCAGGCUCCCUGGACGACAUCAUCCAUGUGGCGGUGGGUACAGAACCUGAGAGCACACAGAGCACCAUCGCCAUCUAUGAGCAGGAAGGAACCCUGCAGAUAGACUACAGCAGCCUCCGAGGCGACCUGAAGGAUCUGGAGUCUGACAAGGAGAUAAAGGCUCAGCUGGGGCUCCUGCAGCAGCAGCUGGCGACCCAGGAAGACAUCUUACUGAAGACCACGGCCCCCAACCUGCGAGCCCAACAGAACCUGCAGACUGUCCGCAACAAGUUCCAGGAGUCCAUCGAUGCUUUUGAGGCCAGCAGGAAGGAAGCCAGAGUCUGCAGGCAAGAGUUUGAGCAGGUGAAGAAGAGGAGAUACGACCUCUUCAGCCAGUGCUUUGAGCACGUCUCACUGUCCGUGGAUUAUAUCUACAAAAAGCUCUGCAGAAACAGCGGUGCCCAGGCGUUCCUCAGCCCCGAGAACCCAGAAGAGCCUUACCUGGAAGGGGUCAGCUACAACUGCGUGGCUCCGGGCAAGCGCUUCAUGCCCAUGGAAAACCUGUCCGGGGGGGAGAAGUGCGUGGCGGCGCUGGCCCUGCUGUUUGCCGUGCACAGCUUCCGUCCUGCGCCAUUCUUUGUCCUCGACGAAGUGGAUGCGGCCUUGGAUAACACAAACAUCGACAAAGUGUCGAGCUACAUGAGGGAGCAGACGCGGGAGCACUUCCAGAUGAUCGUCAUUUCUCUCAAGGAGGAGUUCUACUCCAAAGCUGACGCGCUGGUGGGCAUCUACCCCGAGCAAGGGGACUGCAUGUUCAGCAGAGUCCUGACCCUGGACCUGUCCGUGUACCCGGACAGCAACAACAGGGAGCACCGAGGCAGGCGCCGCGAUGGCCGCUCCCUGCUCACCUGAGACCCCCCCCACUUUGGGUGCCCCGGGGAAAUAAAUCUUGUUGCAGAGCUGGGUUCUGCUGUGGCUCCUUCUGUGAAAUAAGAUGGAGGGACGUCCCAGGCCUGUCGCUUUUAUUAUCCAGAAUCUCUAUCGCUCUUACUCCCCUGGAAAACGUGCCUCGGUUUACCUUUGCUGCAUUUUUGCUCAUCCCAGUUGAAGGAAGCUUAUGUGGGAUUUGGGGGUGAAGACCAGGCCCCUGAGCAGAACCCCUCCCCUCUUUGGAUCUGAACUCGGGCCCUCCUGACUUUAAGACUGGUGCACCUUCUAGCUGCCCCCUCCCCUCUUUGGGGCCCACGGGCCAUUUUGCACCAAGUGGAAGGGAUUUCUUCUGGGGAACUUGGGCUGCAAGCUGAUUGACUCUUCCCCGGAAACCCAAGAUCUCUGGGAAAGGAGGCAAGUCUUGGGGAAUCAUUCUGUCCCAAACUUUGUGUAUAUGUUUGGAGAUCAUUGGCAGUUAGGCCCCAGGGCCCCUCCUUCCCAGGGGAGGAAGGGCUCCCCAAGUGGAACUGGGGAGACAGUGGUCCCCUAGAAGGCAGCUGACAGUCUGGGGAUUUGGGGGGAAGACCUCCCCGGAUUGGGGGCAACCCAAGCAUGCCUCCCAAGCCUAAACAACUGACCUUAUCUUCCCCAACUCCAGAGCAAACUCAGGCCCUUGGUGGGCAUCAAAGCAGCUCGUUACCAGGAGAGUGAGGCAAGAGUGGGCUGCCCCUCCUCUCUGGGGAUGCUGGGCCAGGAGAGAUGGCCUCGGCUCAGAAAAGCCUAAAGCAGGAAAAAGAGCAGGGAGGGCUCCACCCGGCCAGAGGCCUUAGAGUGGUAGUCAGGGCCAGCUCCUGCCCAGGGGUAUCUGUGGGGACGGCUCCUGGGGCUUCUGUCACCUUUAAGGAUGGGCGUGUGCACACACACACAUGUAUACGUGCACGUGCACAUACAUGUAUAUUUACAAGCAAAAGUGUACAAGUAUAUGCACAUUUAUGUGCAUGAACACAAAACCACACAUGUGCAAAGGUGGCAGGGCACUGUACAUGUGCAUGUGAACAUGUGUGUGCAUGCAUGGGCUGAGCUGUGCACAAACUGCAUGCAUGUGUAUAUGCACACGUACAUGCAUUGCAAAACUUUAUUUGCACGUGUCUCUUGUGUAUUGUGUGUGUGCAUGUGUAUGUAUAUAUAAAAUGAGAACCAGAAACAUAGGCCCAGAGAAAACUCCCUCGGGAAAGCUCCUUGAAGCACAGGAGGCCAAAAAACCAACCAGGCUCAGAGUCUCUGCUUGGAAAAGCUGGUGAAUCGCUCUGGAGCUUGGGCUGGUCGGGAGCUGCUCAGUUAGCAGAUUCAAAACCCAGCUGGACCCUGGGAGGAACUAGCCGAUCCUCUAAAUGAGCCGAAGAACCGGAUGGCAUCUCCCCCCUUCCAGAAGCUGCCGGGCAGGCGGGCGGCCCCUUGCCCCGUCGGGUAAAUCUGGUGCACGUGAGCUGCUCUCAGUCCUCUCGUUUGGGAGCAACAGCCCCAUCUGGGAAGGUGGAGCCGAUUUAAUGACAAGCAGCCAUAGAAACACAAGGUCGGGCCCUGGGGAGGGGAGCCCCCAACCCCAAGGCGCUUCCCAACUGGUGGGCCCCAAGUUACCCUUAAGGCUAGAACACAUAUGCCCCUAAAUCAGUCCCAAUGGCUUCGCUUGGCUCUUCAAAUGCUGGGGUUUCAGGGAAGCUCGAGCCCCUUUCUGAACUACCCCCCCAGUGUGGUUUCCACUCUUUUCUCGUGUGAUAAAUUCCCCUAUCAAGAAAACUCGGGGCUACCGUUCCCCGCUUCCCUGAUGGCCACAUGUUUACAGCUGCAAAAUGUAACUGCAGUCUCUGAAUGGUGAAAAGUAAACACGGAGUAAAUUUAAUUUUACAAGUUUUUUUUUUUUUUUUUUUUUUUGCUUAGACAUAACCUUGUAAGCUGUAAAUGGGGGCUGCAAGAACUUGGAACCCCCCGGGCCCAACUCCCCCUCCCUUCUAGACUUUCUGAGGUCUCCAGAGCAUAGGGUUUAAAAGAGUUUUGGAACGACCAAGACCAUCUUGAUGGCCUUUUGAAGGGGUUGGGACUUGGAG